AUCUAUCACGACAUGGAAGACUAUUCGUCUCUGCCGUCGUAUUUUAAAGGAUACCAAACAAAUCAGUAUCAGGCUUUUUGUGGAAACUGGAUGUUGCGAAAUCCAUCACGUCUUCUUGAUUAUGGGGAUAUAUAUAUUUCCAUCAAUCCAAUGUUUUGUAUGGCGUUCAAAGGCUUCAUUUCCUACGUUUAUAUGGAAUUCACUUACACAAACAGCAAUGGCAGAGAGAUACAAAGUAGUCAUAACUUCAUCAAUCUCGUCAACUCAUCGGAAACUGAUCAAUGGAACUAUGCUUGCUACAAUUUACAAGACAGUAUAACAACAAUCUUCUCUGACGCAACCAUCAUUAUUCUGCACAAACUGCAAAUCGGUCGUGAAGGGGAUGUUCUUGUAGAUGACGUUUACUUCGGGCAGCACGCUACAACGUUGGAUACAG